UCAAGAAUCGCUUUGAAAUUCUGUGUACGAAGCGAUACAAUAACGUAAUCAACGAAGUGGAGGUAGAACCAGAAAGAACUUGUUUAUUGUAAUGUGUUAAAAUGAGGAGGAUUUAUUCAUUAUAAUGUGUGGUAAACACCCUGUUUCCCCUGUUACGAUUUAGACGUUUGCGAAUUUGGAUAAUAUAUUUUUGGGUUUGCUGUGGAGCAACACUUCAAAAUCUGCAUGCAAUAUGGCAGCCAGCGAAGAGCCCAAGUUUUUGCAAGGUUUAUGCAUGGAAAUGUGUCCUAAUCAUGAGCGAAUGUUACGAGAGAAACAAAAAAGGCUGCAUCCUUUUGAAAGAGUUGAAAAUGGCAGCGACACCGACAUGAAACAGCCUGUCGACAUUGUGGUAAAAAAAUACUCCAGACCAGCAGCUGGAAAACAACUUGAUCCCAAUAACCUUCGUCCUGCCUCAGUCUUGGUAAAAACCAUGAAUUAUCUUAUGACAGACGUACUCAACAAACCACAUCCUUGGUAUUACAAAUAUGGAUUUAUCUCAGACAGAAUAAGGUCUAUAAGACAAGAUCUAACUGCACAGAAUAUUCAAAGCUUUGAAGCUAUCGAUAUUUUGGAGAAAGCAACCAGAUAUUAUUUGAUAAUGGCUGUAAAAUUAAGCCAAGAACCUCUGGAGAACUAUGACCCGAUCUUACACUACACUCACCUAAAAGAAUGUUUGAGGAAGCUACUUGAUUUGUAUCAACUCCACAACAAAAUGAACAAAUCUUACAAUCAGAGACGUCAGGCGUCAUUUGAAGCUUGUAACUUGAUCCUGAAUUUACGUAGCGCAGACGUCUAUUAUCUUAUUAUAAGAAUUGAUGAUCUCCUGAAAGAAUGUAAAGAGAUUCAACUCGCAAUUCACCUCAUAAAGUUACAUCUGAAUGGUAACUUUAUUGGAUUAUUUCGUGCUGCAUCAAAAUUACCUUCUCUGGAGAGCUGUGCAUUUUUUUGUCAUAUUCAACCAAUUAGGUGCAAGGGGUUAUCAAUAAUGAAUACUGCAUUUAGCAGUAAAAAUUUAAGUUACCCAUUGGCAUUAUUAGUGGAUAAUUUUUGUUUCGACUCUGGCGAGCUUGCUGCAGAGUUUUGUGCAACUCACAAUAUACUGGUCAAUGAUGGAAAAGUGUUUUUUAACAAAGGACAGUUUGUUAAAACAAAUAAACAUAAAUCAUGUUUGUGUCAUAAACUUGUUGGGGCCAAAAUAAAAGAUGACAUUUCUGAUAUGAUUACCUGUUAA